CCUUAGAACCAGAACUUCUUCUUUAAACCUACAGUCAAGGCGCAGCUAGGAAACGGUGCUAUGGCGUGAAAUCACGGGGACUCGGAAUGAACUUUUCUUCUUUUUCAAUUAUCAUGACUGUGGAAUUAUCAUACACGGUAUAUGUAUGGCUUGUGCCAAUCGGCUUAUCAUUUUUAUAUUCCUUUCCUUUAUCUCUGUUAUUGUAUCAUAGGGGGGUAUAUUUUUUCUUCAUUCCUCCAUAUAAACCCUUUCCUUUCACGUCUCUUGAUUGUUUAGUGUAGCGUAUCACUUUACAUAUAGCACCGUAUACAAAAC